AUGGUACUCCCCAACAUCAGGACAAUAUACAGGGUACUCUCUGACAUCAGGAUAAUAUACAGGGACAUUAUACAGGGGUUUCUCCGAUACCAGGACAAUAGUCAGGGUACUCUACGAUACCAGGACAAUAUAGCAAGAACUCUCCGAUACCAAGACAAUAUACAGGGUACUCUCCGACACCAGAACAAUAUACAGGGUACUCUACGACACCAGGACAAUAUAACGAGAACUCUCCGAUACCAGGACAAUAUACAGGACUAUAUACAGCAGGCUCUCCGACACCAGAACAAUAUAACGGGGACUCUCCGACACCAGAACAAUAUAACGGGAAUUCUCCGACACCAGAACAAUAUAACGAGAAUUAUCCAACACCAGAACAAUAUAACGAGAAUUCUCCGACACCAGAACAAUAUAACGGGAAUUCUCCGAGACCAGAACAAUAUAACGGGAAUUCUCCGACACCAGAACAAUAUAACGAGAAUUCUCCGACACCAGAACAAUAUAACGGGAAUUCUCCGACACCAGGACAAUAUAACGGGAAUUCUCCGACACCAGAACAAUAUAACGAGAAUUCUCCGAGACCAGAACAAUAUAACGGGAAUUCUCCGACACCAGAACAAUAUAACGGGAAUUCUCCGACACCAGGACAAUAUAACGAGAAUUCUCCGACACCAGAACAAUAUAACGAGAAUUCUCCGACACCAGGACAAUAAAACGGGAAUUCUCCGACGCCAGAACAAUAUAACGGGAAUUCUCCGACACCAGAACAAUAUAACGAGAAUUCUCCGACACAAGGACAAUAUAACGAGAAUUCUCCGACACCAGAACAAUAAAACGAGAAUUCUCCGACACCAGAACAAUAUAACGGGAAUUCUCCGACACCAGAACAAUAUAACGAGAAUUCUCCGACACCAGAACAAUAUAACGAGAAUUCUCCGACACAAGGACAAUAUAACGAGAAUUCUCCGAUACCAGAACAAUAAAACGAGAAUUCUCCGACACCAGAACAAUAUAACGGGAAUUCUCCGACACCAGGACAAUAUAACGGGAAUUUUCCGACACCAGAACAAUAUAACGGGAAUUCUCCGACACCAGGACAAUAUACAGGGUACUCUCCGACACCAGAACAAUAUAACGGGAAUUCUCCGACACCAGAACAAUAUAACGAGAAUUCUCCGACACCAGAACAAUAUACAGGGGGCUCUCUGA